ACAAUUCCGGAAGAACUAAGAACAUUAAUAGACAUCCUCUAUAUAUUAAAACUAUAGAGUCAUUGAUAGAGCUCACACAAAAUCUUGAAUUGUCUCUCAUAAAAACUAGCGCGAGAAGUAGAAGAAAGAAGAUGAUGAAUGUGAACGAAACAGAAGCAUUACCAUGCGAGGGAGGCUGUGGACUCUACGGAACCCGAAAGAACAACAAUCUAUGCUCUCUCUGCUACAAACACAGUGUUCUUCAACACUCGACCGCUUUAAGAUUCGAACCCGAGACCGAGCAAUCACAGUGUUGCCCUCCUACGAGUAGUCCCGUCGCUGAAGAAGAACCGGUCAGAAAAAGGAGAUGUGGGAUAUGCAAGAGGAAGGUAGGAAUGUUGGGAUUCAACUGUAGAUGCGGACACAUGUUUUGCGGGUCACAUCGGUAUCCGGAGGAGCAUUCUUGUCCCUUUGAUUACAAACAAUCUGGACGGCUCGCCUUGGCCACACAGUUGACUAUGAACAGAGCUGACAAGUUGCAGAGGUUUUAGUGAUAUUUUAGACUUAAGAGUCGUGGAUGUUGGAAUGCUUGGCUAAAGAUUUUGAUGUUGUUUAAUUCUUAUACCAAUAAUAUAGAUGCCUUCUUUUA